AUGAACGACUUAAUUAGCUUGAAUGUUAUUGUCAAAGAUGACUUUAAUAAACAAUUCAAUGCAAUAUUGAUUGAAUUCUUUCGUUCAAUAACAGUUGAAUUUGCUGAACUUAUUAAAACAGUUCGCCUAGUCAUUCAAGUUGAUCAACCUUUUAAUUCUCAAUCAACACCAAUCCAAGGCAAAAGCUUAUUAAACUUGAUUGGAAAUGAAGUCAUAUCCGAAGAAGAUAAUCAAUUAUUGUUGAAGGUUGAUUUUGGUUUAAACGCGUUUCCUAGCACAAAUACAAGUUCUCGCAAAUGCAUUUGUGCAACUAACAAAUACUGUCGACGUUCACUUGUUCUCCAUCAAAACGAGCAACAGGUAUUAUCUGAUAUACCUGCAUACGAUUAUGCAUUAUUAAACAAUGUCGAAGGUUGCUUUUCUAUUGAUUCACUUUUCCUAUCAACAGUUGAAUGUCUUCAUCUACAUUUCAAUUGUUCUACAAUUCUAAGAAAACUACUUAAAACUUUCUACACUGGAUUGAUAGAACGUCCAUGGAAUGACGCUCGCCCAUUAGUUUAUGACGAAAAAUCAAGCAAAUUUCCACCAAAUAGUUCAAUCGAAUUAAUAGUUGAAAAUGUAAUGAUCGAAAAAUGGAAUUCAUCUAUAUCAUACACGAGCUAUUAUAAGUCAUGUGCUCCAAAGUUUUGUACUUGUUCUAUUGAAGUUCGUGCAACUCUUAUCCAAAUUUUAACUACAAUAGUAUCUAUGAUCAGCGGAAUUACUAUUGCAUCGCACCUUCUUACGCCAUACCUGGUUAAAUUUUUGCUUUCAUUAAAAGCAUUUAAAUUUACAAGACAAUCAACAACACGUCUUCAAGUAACCCAAGUUCCUGUGAAAUUCUUCGACAAAGUUAUUAAUAUCAUGAAAACAUUCUUCAAACAUCUAAACAAUGUAUUAAUCAAUCUGAAUAUAUUUCAUAAGCGAGAUUUUGGAACAGAUACUGAUCGAACAACUGCUAAAUGUAUUGGUCAAUGGGCCACUCGUAUCUACUUUAUUUUACUUGUCAGUGCACUUAGCGGCAUUGCUUUAUAUACGAUCACUGAACCGGAUACGCUAACAAAUGCAUUCAAUGAACCAACAUUCGAUUCAUAUAAUCAUCUAAAACAUAAGUAUGAUGAUAAAUUACGGUGUUCUUGUUUAUCAAUUAGUUCAACAUAUAAACAGUAUGUUACCAUUGUACCAAUAUUCCAUCAGAACAAUUCAAUCGACGGAGCAGUUUUCGUGCAAGAUUCUUUUAAAAUGGAUGCUGGCCGUAGUAAUACAAUACCAACAAAUAUGACAAAUUCUACUAUCAAUAAUAAUUGUUCGAUAAUAUUCCAAUCAAGAUCAAUUUGCAACUGGAUUAUCUCACCAAUUGACACUCAGAUACAUGUUGCUGAUAUGAACGAUGAUUUGCACAAUGAUAUCAUUAUUUCAUCUUCUCAAUCAAAUGAAAUAUCUAUUUUAUUUGGAUUUAGUAAUGCAACAAUUGAAAAUAAAAAAAUAUCUCUGAAUACAACCGUACGUUUUCUACUUAUUGGCGAUUUUAACAAUGAUAAGUGUCUUGAUUUUAUGAUAAACAGCGGGAAUAACUUUAUCGAUGCUUAUUUGGGAAAUGGUAAUUAUGAAUACAGUUCACCGAUCAGUACUAUUCUUACCGAUUUUCAUAUUGAAAUACUGAAGUUAGAUAUGGGUGAUUUCAAUCAUGAUAAUAUUUUAGACCUUGCGUGUUUAAAUUCUUUUGAUACGGUAAUUAUAAUGAUCGGAUCUGGUAACGGAUCUUUCCCUACACAAAAUGAGAUUCAUAUACCGGAUCUUUUGUUCAAAAUGUUUGCGGGCUCGUUUGCUAUCACUGAUGUCAACAAUGACAGUCACCUCGAUAUAAUCACUGCUGGUAUCUUCAUGAACCAGAUAGGCGUCUUCAUACUUUUUGGAAAUGGUCAAGGAUUAUUUAACGUAAAGAUGUUUCCUACCCAAUCUUCUUUUUUACCUAUUCAUUCAGUGAUUGUAAAUGAUUUCGAUAACGAUGCUCUAUCGGAUUUUAUUAUUUUUUAUCAAUUUAGACCUAUAAUUAAAUUAAUAAGUAAUAUCGACUAUCAACAACUAGAUCUAACGUUGGAAUAUAUUAUCGAUACUGGUUUGAUUAUAGCCCAUCCUAUUCGUAUAGUUGAUUUUGAUGGAGAUGGUUAUCAAGAUAUCAUUGGACAAAAUCCUAUAACGAAUGGUAUAGUUGUGCUUUUUGGAAAUGGAUAUAAAUUUUUUAAAAACAUGACCAUUUUUACUGGAGAAAAUCCCAUUGAAAGUCAUCCUUUUGUUGUGAACGAUUUAAACAGCGAUAAUUAUAAAGAUAUAAUAAUGUAUAAUCCAUCUAAUCAAACUAUCGAUAUUAUUUUAAGCACAAAUCAAUGUUGA